AUGGCGAAUGAUUAUGACUUGACUUCUGAAGAAGUUUUUGUAAGCUUGGAGCAAUUGACUAGAGAGAAGAUUGUUGGCUCAGCAAGUUCAAAAGUUUUGGAGAAAUCUGAAUGUGAGAAUAAAAGUUAGUUUUAAAAUUUUUGUAUAGUUUUUUAAAACUAUUAUUUCCAGAAUUUCCCAUUCAAGAAAAGAAAUCAGCUGCUGAAUUAGAAAACAUCAAUUCUCUUUCCGACAAUGAUUACGUGAUUGAGAGACCAACAAGACUCAACUUCGAUUCGAGUGAUACAGCGAUUCUUAUUCCCGAAAGUGGUGAGAUUCUGAAUUUUUGAAAAUCUCAAAUACCAAUUUUAAUAUUACAGAGAUCCCGAAGAAAACAUCUUGCUGUGGCAGAUUUUUCAAGAAGCAUUUUUGUAAAUUUUCCAACGUUCUCAUCAAUUUCUGGAUGCUUGCCACUUUCUGUUUCCUGGUUUGUGUCAUUUACAAAGUAAACGGUCGGAACCAAUAA